GUUUUCUUUUUCGUAGCCGUGAAAUAUCGACAAAAUGAAACAUAAAGAUUAUCAUCUCUGUCAUUGUCAUCAUCAGGAAAAACAAUUUCCAUCAGAUUCUUAUCAGUCUUAUCAUCAGCAACAACAUUCUAAUCAUCAUUAUUGUUAUUUUUAUCGCCAUCAUCAUCAUCAUCAUUCACAUCGUCAUCAUUCACAUCAUCCUUUAUAUUGUAAUGGAAAAAUAUUAUUAUCAUAUUUCAUUAUUACAUUAAUAUUAAUAUCUCAAAUAGAUCAUGUGAUUGGCCAAAAUGAUUAUUAUGAUGAUCUAAUGGCUAAUGUUGUUGGUGCCAGUAAUGGUGCAAAUGGUGAUAUUGAAAUAUCAUCAAAUGGACAACAACAGAAUAAUAAUAAUGUUAAUAAUAUGAUUGCAAGUAGUACAAAAUUAGAUUCAUUAGAUGUUAUUUGUGGUAAAGAAUAUAUGACUGUUCGGGCUGAAUUCAAUGGACAAUUUAAUGGAAUAAUAUUUUCAAAAGGAACAUAUGGUCAAAGUAAAUGUGUUUAUGUUAAACCACAUUCCAGUUUAACACAUACAACAUUUAAUGUACGUUAUGAUGAAUGUGGUACGAAACCAGAUUUACAGGGGAAAUAUUUUGAAAAUACUAUCGUCAUUCAAUAUGGUACUGAUAUUAUUGAAGCAUAUGAUGAAGCUAAACGUUUACGUUGUGAAUGGUUUGAAGCAUAUGAAAAGCCGGCUACAUUUCGACCGGCUAUUCCUGUCGCCGAUCUGGAUAUAAUCGAAAUGAAUUUUCAAGGCGAUGAAAUUGAUUGUUGGAUGUCGAUACAGGAAGGCAAAGGACCUUGGUCAAAUGAAAUUAAUCGAAUCGUUACAGUUGGUCAACCAUUAACAAUUGUAGUGGCAAUUAAUGAUAAAAAGAAUCAAUUUGAUAUGAAAGUAAAAUCCUGUUUUGCACAUGAUGGUAUCCGUGCACCAAUUUAUUUGAUUGAUGAAGAUGGUUGUAUAUUACGAACAAAAAUGAUUGCACCAUUUCAAAAGAUACGUGGCUUAAAAGGAAAAGCAUCAUUAAUAUCAUAUGCACAAUUUUUAGCAUUUAAAUUUCCUGAUUCAGUUGAUGUACAAAUACAAUGUACUGUUGAAGUAUGUCGUCAUGGUUGUAUUGAUACUUGUAAUGAUGGUAUUUCGGGUAAUCCACAAUCACAACAACAACAACAACAUCAACAACCAAGAAAUCAUCAAGAUCAUCAUCGAAAUGAUUAUCAUAAAGAAACUAUAUUUAAAAUUGAAAAUGUAACUAGCCAUCGAUUCUUGAUGGAUAAUAAUAAAGAUGAUCUACUUGAAUCAGCCGAUAGUAAUAAACAACCAGUUACAUCAAAUGUUUUAUCCGAUGUUCAUAUCAUUAAUAAUAAUAAUAAUGAUGAUGAUAAAAAUAUUCAAUCAAUGAUUGAUGAAAUUAAUGAUAAUAAUGAUGAAAAUGGUAAACGAAAUUACCUUGAUAUUAUUGCUGAUUAUCUUCAUAAUGUUGAUAGUAAUAAUAAAGAUCAAAUUAUACAUAAUGAUUAUCAAGUUGAAACAAUAAUGGAAUCAACAUCGAAUCCGAUUAUUAAAUCAUCUCACGAUCAUGGUCAUCAUCAACCUCAUCCUCAACAUCAACAACAACAACCUUAUCGUCAACAUCCAACACCUAAACAGAUAAAUAAUAUACCGAAAAAAAUUAUUCAACAAGCACCACCAACACCACCGUUACAAAAACCAUAUCCAAUACCAAUAAAUCAUCAUCAUCAUCAUCAUAGUGAACCUGUUGCACAGAUUAUGACCAUUCCAUUAAGUCCAUUGUAUUCAAUGCCAAUGCCAUUAACAAUGGGACCAAUGAUACAAUCAAUUCAUCAUCAACAACAGCCAUCUAAAUCGAAUGGUGGUGGUAGUGGAUUAGGUUCAUUAUUAAAUCCAUUUAAUUCAUUAAAAUUAUUCGGUAAUGGAAACAAUAAUAAUAAUGGUAUUAGUGGUGGUAGUAGCCAGAAAAAAUACAUACCUCAAAUAUUAUCAAAUUAUUUUCAACAAAAACGUCAACCAUCACCAUCAUUAUCAUCACCGACAUCGAUGAUGAUGAAUUUACCGAAUGAUAAUUUUGAAUUAUUAUUAAAUUCACCAAUUCCAUCGAAUGGUGGUGGUAAUGGUCAUCGUCUUUAUCGUAGUCGUCGUUAUAUUAAUGAUAAUCAAGGUGAAAUUGGUUUGAAAAAAGGUUUUCAAGUUGUAACCACAUUAGAUUUAUCAUUUGCACCAAAUAUUUCACAAGAUAUGAUGCAAAUAUUUGAAGGUAAACCUGAAACAAUUGUAUAUGGUCUUUGUUUUUCAAGUACAUAUUUUAUUUAUGCAUUAGCAACAGCAUUAUCAUUUUUAUUUAGUACAAUAUUUGUAUCAAUUUUUAUUGUUUGUAAAUUGGAACGUAUUAAAGUGGCCAAAAAAAAUAUUUUAUGUUAAAAACACAUUUACAAAUACAA